UAACGGCCUGGAGUCUCUACUAUCUACUAUCUACUCUAUCAGAAGUAGAUACAAUAUGUUAUUCACCUAAGGCCAUUUUCUAUAAUCUAUCUUCUACGAUGAAGGAGCCAGUCCGCGUAGCCUGGCAGGGAACAAAGUCGGCUGGCUGGAAUGGACGUCUCCGACGGAUGAUCUGGGCGGCGGUGGUAUUAUUGGGCUUAUUUUUCUAUCUGAGAUUCCCUGUCAACUCCAAGUCGGAAUGUCUGACAAUAGAUGGGUACCGUUGUUUCCCGUCCAUCUCACGGCUUUGGGGCCAGUACUCGCCGUACUUUGCCGUACGGGAGGGUGAUAUCAAAGAGCAGCCGGGCCAGCUCUUGCUCUCUCCCUCGAUCCCCGAGGGAUGUCAAGUGACGAUGGUGAAUAUACUGUCACGACAUGGCGCGCGGUACCCGACGCAGCAUAAGAGCGAGAUCUACGCGAAACUAGUGCACGACAUCCAGCGAAACGUCAGUGCGGGCUCGCUGCGCGGGCGGUAUGCCUUUCUAGCCGGAUACGAGUACACCCUCGGAGCGGACGACUUGACGGCCCUGGGCGAGCGGCAGAUGGUCGAUUCCGGCACAAAGUUCUACAAGAGGUACGCCUCUCUUGCGCGGGAUGCGGUGCCCUUCAUCCGGGCGUCGGGGUCGGAGCGCGUGCUUGUCUCCGGGGAACGGUUCAUCGACGGGUUCCAGCAAGCCAAGGAGGACGACCGGGCCGCGAACCACAGCCAGACCAAGCCAUUCAUCAACGUCAUCUUGGGGGAAGGCGAAGGGUUCAACAACUCGCUCGACCAUGGGGCCUGUGGGCGGUUCGAGGCCAGCACGCGCGGGGAAGCGGUGCAGACAAACUUCACGCGACUGUUUGCCCCAUCCAUUCGACGGCGACUCCAGCGGGAUCUGGCCGGGGUGAAACUCGAGCUAGACGAGGUUGUUUAUCUGAUGGAUCUCUGUGCGUUUGAUACCGUCGCACGCACUUCUGACGGCAGCUUACUGUCCCCGUUUUGCUCGCUCUUCACGCCCGACGAAUGGGUGGAAUAUGAUUAUUUGCAGUCUCUGGGCAAAUAUUACGGCUACGGGGCGGGAAACCGGCUCGGCAUCGCGCAGGGGAUCGGGUUCACCAACGAGCUGAUCGCCCGGUUGACGCAGAGUCCUGUCCGCGACGAGACGAGCACAAACCACACGCUCGACCGCGACGAACGCACAUUUCCCCUCUCGGCAGCCAUUUACGCCGACUUCACGCACGACAACGGUCUGGUCCCCAUCUUCUUCGCGCUGGGCCUGUACAACGGCACGCCGCCGCUGGAUCCGAGACACGUCCAGGAUGUAAAGAGCUUGCACGGCUUCUCGGCGGCGUGGACCGUCCCCUUUGCCGCCAGGGCGUAUGUCGAGAAGAUGCUCUGCCCUGGCCAUGAUGACUAUCUGGUUAGAGUGCUGGUCAACGACCGGGUCGUGCCCCUGCAUGGCUGUUCGGAUUCAUUGGGACGCUGUCCGCUUGAUGCUUUUGUGGGGGGGUUGCAUUUUAAUGAUGUCUGGAAGGAGUGUCUUAUUUAAUAUACAAUUUAUUUUAUUUUUUUCUUUUCUUUUUAUCAAACUUUUCAUCUCUCCUGCAGAUGUUUCUGGCUUUUACUCCCGUACGUCCGCUCGAAUAACAUAUAACUCGUCACGAAAACAAUAGGCAGCGCAACAAUCACAGAUGUCCAUUUCCUCGCAGCAGCUUUGUACUCUUUUGUCUGCCGGAUAUCCACCUGUCCCUGCGCUGGACGGACUGGACGGGCGGGACGGGGAUGCAUUGAUCGCGGGUCGAUAACGCGUUUGGACAUUCUUUCUUCGUUUGGGAAAUAGUAUUAUGACUCUGAUUGAAAAGUAGAUUCUGGGUAUGCUGUUCGAUUGAUG